AUGUUUAAUAUCGGAAGAUUUAAUAAUUUUUUUCGAGUAGUUUUAAAUUUUGAUCGGAAAGGGUUUAGCACAAGUUCAUUCUUGCAAAGUCGCUUACAGACAAUUAGAGACAGGUCAGUGAGGCAACAAAUUGAUUGGAUUAUGGCAACAAAUCCCAUUAAACACGCAAACAGGACUGAUAGCACCGUUUACAGAGAUCAGUGCAAAAUUCCUUUUAAGCUUCCACACAGUGAGCCUGAGCAAACUGAUUUACUUGAUGAUAUCAACAAGAGCAGUUAUCAAGGAAAUCUUGAGGAAAUGGUUAUCGAUUAUUUCGGAUCAAUUACAGCGGAACACGGUGAUAUAUUGAACGAAACGGGAGAUUGCCUGAUCGUUCCCAUUCCCCCCAACUUAACUCCACACUGUGGAUUCGGUCUUAGGGUGUUAGAACUAGGAGGCAAAAAACUCAUAAAAGCACUCGUUCAAAGGUCAAAACUCAUAAUUUCAGAGCGAGUUAAAGAAUUGGAAUCAAUGAAGGCGAGUUUUAAAGAUCAAAACGAGUAUAAAUCCUCACUUCUGGAAGCCCGUACACUUCAAAUAGGAGAUGUUAUUUUGACUCCAACAUUUGGUUCAUCUAAAUGUAAACUGCUUGCCUUCAUGAUUACUCCAUAUUACUGGCAGGGUAAUUCUAGAGAGGCUGCUCUGAGGUUAAGAGAGACAGUUAAAAAGUCUUUGGAUCAUCUCAACUUUCUUAAAAUAACAAACGUACUUAUGACACACGUAGGAGAGUCACUUCACGGAUACAGACCAAAGGACGGAUGCGAGAUCAUGGUUGAAGAAGCUUAUGAGACCAUAUUACAGGUGGAUAAGGUCGUUCCUAAUUACCACCUGAAAUCUGUAAGAUUCAUUGAUAAAGAUUUGGAAACUUCCAGAACAUUUGCUCACGCCAUCUUUAAAAUUAGACAAGAAAAAUUACCAGAAUUUCAAGUGGUACCGGCUCCACUGUAUUAUAGUAGAAACAGUGCCAGAAUAAUUGAGAUUGACGAUUCGGUUCUAAAGUUCUCCUCCCAGUACAGGAAAAUAACGUAUAAAAGACACAGUGUAGUAAGGAGAAGUAAGAGACUACAUUACCUGAAAAAUUUAAAGCCAUUUCUAUGGCGAGGGAGCAGACUCUAUGACCCACCUCCAUUCCUUCUAUUCAAGUCCACCGGGCUUCCAAGCGUCUUCCAAUUACCUCCCAGACCAUACUACAAGAGAGGUGUUUCUCACGUACUGUUCCCUUUCUAUUCCAAUGGUAUAAAAGCAAUGAAGAUGACAGGCUCAGGAAAAUGGGUUGGAGUUGCCAAGAAAAAGGACAUUUAUACCACAAAUAUUCAAAAUCAAUGCUGA